CGUAAUGGUUUGAUUCCCUGUGCAUUUGCAAUGGUCGUCGCUCUGACAUUACUCGGCAGAUUCCUCUAACGGGAGGUGCAAUGAAGGCAGGGGCGUCGUCCAUGUGGGCGUCAUGCUGCGGGCUGCUGAACGAGGUGAUGGGCACGGGAACGAUGCGGGCGCAGCAGCCAGGGUUUGGAGCAGGGGCGGGGCCCUUCCGCUUCGCCCCCAGUGCAGGGUACUCCACCUACCCCCCCACCACCUCAGGGAGUGCCGGGCAGCUCUGCAAGGCUUGCGGACUGGCCUUCUCUGUCUUCAGACGCAAGCACAUCUGCUGUGACUGUAAGAAGAGCUUCUGCGCUCUGUGCUCAGUGCUGCAAGAAAACCUGCGCUGCUGCACGACCUGCCACCUGCUGCGUGGCACGGCUUUCCAGCGACCUCGCCUCAUGCAGCUCCGGGUGAAAGACCUGCGCCAGUACCUGCUGCUGCGCAACAUCCCCACCGACACGUGCAGGGAGAAGGAAGACCUUGUAGACCUGGUGCUGUGCCAUCAGGGGACACGGGAGACCCCUAGACCUGUAAUGGAAGAGGACGAGGAGGAGGAGGAGGAAGAGGAAGAAGAAGAGGAGGAGGAGGAGGACACACGUGAGGAUGAAGGAGAAGAUGAAGGGGGAGAUGACACAGACAGUCUGCACUCGCUCCCUCACUCACGUGCCGCCUCACCACCCUCUGCAACACGUUCCACCUCUGAACAGUCGGUCUUGUCCGCCUCUCAGGGAGACGUGCUCAGCCCAAGCGACAGCUCAGGGACCACCAGCCAGGAACAUGAGGAUACUCCAACAGCGUCCCUUUUGAACCUGGAGCCCACUGAAAAUAUCUUAGAGGUCAGCCCGGCGACGCAGAGGAGGAUCAGAGCUUCGCUGUCUGAUCUCGACAAUGAAGAGGCGAUAGAGAACCUCUCUGUCCGCCAGCUGAAAGAGAUUCUCGCCAGGAACUUUGUCAAUUACUCCGGCUGCUGCGAGAAGUGGGAGCUGCUGGAGCGGGUGCACCGACUCUACAGAGAAAAUGAGCAGAACAGAAAAUCCAUGGAAAAUGUCAGCAUAACUGCAGUGGUUGCAUAUCCUCCACCUCUCUGCAACAGUGGAGUUGGAGAUGGUGUCAAAGCUCAGCUGGCAGCAGAUGAAAACCUUUGUCGCAUCUGCAUGGAUGCCAUCAUCGACUGUGUGUUACUGGAAUGUGGUCACAUGGUAACCUGUACCAAAUGUGGGAAGAGGAUGAGCGAGUGCCCCAUCUGCAGGCAGUAUGUAGUGCGGGCCGUGCAUGUCUUCAAGUCUUAAAACUCUGUGCGUGCAUCGGAGCCGCCCUCAGGCGUGCACGUGGCUCAAGCCCUGAAUUUAUUUCUGAGGAUGAACUGCUGUGCAUGAUGUCUCACAGGGCCUAAUGCUGCAGCAGGCGAGAGCAACUUUCCGGUCUUUGAAACCAGACUGUUGCCUCUGGCCUACCAUGGUUUACCCCCCACCCCGUCACCUCUCACUAAACUCACAUUCCAGUCCUGCCUCUCCUCCCUGGAUGACCAUCUUCAGCUGCACCGGGUCUCUCAGACACUCCUGCCAUCACUUCUCUCCAUUUUCUGUUCAGACUCUUCUCACAUGAGACAACAGGAGGUGGUCCUGUGGAUACUUGAAGAGGGUUGGCUUAUUGUUUGUGGUGAAAUAUAUAAGAUCCCAGGGUUAGAGUCAAUAUGGUUUACACGGUCAUACCACAUGACACCGUAUUAUCUCCCUCAGUGUACUUUAGGAUGUGCAAUAUAUGAGAUAAAGAAUUGUCUUUUUAGAAAAAUGUCUAUUUAUCAUUCUGAACACUUCAUGCACUGAGUCAUCUCCUCACACACACAGGAGCAUGUAAGGUGCCGAACAUCAUGCCUUCCAUGGAUAUUUGGUUAAAAUCUCACAGUAUGCAUCUGAUAACCAGCAAGCUUGGUGUGAUAGAUUACUCUCGGUUUCAGGUUUUAUUUUAUCUUUUUAUUUUUUGCAAAUGAACUUUAGGAAUUAAAAGUAUUCAUGUAAACCUUUUAACACUGUGUGAAGGAUGUGCAUUUUCAUUUUCCUGUCUGAUAAUAUACAUUCCUGUUUUUGUGUAAAAAUUCAUCCAAAAAAAAACAAAAAAAAAACAAAGGCCUACUUACAGGCUUUUUCUGGACUUUUCCCCAGCUUUUGCCAUUUCUGUGAUUGGAUCACUCGGCUCACUCGGUUCGGCUGACAUCAUAUGACAUAACAUAGUCUUAUAAUGAUCCCGUUUUCAAAAAAAAUGUUGCAGCACUGUAAAAUGUGUCAUCCUUCCUCUGAGAGCCAGAAUGAAAUACAGCCGAGAGCUUUAUUAAAAAGCAGAUCUUGAGUUUAGAUUCUGUUUUUAUCGUUUAUUACACUCAUUCCUCUUUAACUUUAAAUAACUUUCACCAAGCAAUACCACCUCAUUUUAGAGUCUACCAGUUGUUUGUGCUGUCCUCUAAUGUCAGAUCUAAAGGUAGAUAACAGGUGCUACUUCCUUGUUUCUGAGCGUAACCUCAGAAUACUUUUUGUCCUGUCAUCCAGGCUUCCUUCCACAUGUCCCUCACACAGUGAGAGGUAGAAGUAGCAGAUUUACUUUGACCUGUUAUGCAAAUGAAACGCAUCCUUCAUGUCAUGAGAUCCAGUUAAUUCAGAUGUCACUAAAAUAUCUGUGUGUUCUGUUUGCCUGUGGUAUAUUCAAACAAACUGCAGCUGAUUUGCUCCUAAGCGAAUCUCAUAGAUAGCUUUUAUGGUUGUUUAAUGAUAAGUUAUUAAAUGUAUAUUUUUCCAUUUUACUUGGGAGACGUGAUUUAAAGUUCUACUAAGUAUGAAGGUUUAAAAAUAAAAAAACUAUACUGUUUUCCAGAAUGUAUUCCUGAUGGUUUUGUUCUCUCACCAUUAAAGCUACAUCACAGUUU